AGGGCCCAAAAUAUUCCUCUCCUCUGUGUCACUCUCUCACCUCAGGCUCAGGCGACUGAUUUGAGCCUAUUAGGGUUUCUGUUGCAGCUAAUUUUGCCAUCGCAGUUUCGCAAUUAGGCACGGUGAUGGCAGCAAGUUUCGUAUCAAAGUGUUCUCGAGUGGGUCGAUCAUUGUGUGGGGGAGUCGGCAACAACUUUUCUGAUUUAUUUAGCACUCCGCGUGAGACGAUUUGCAGUAAUUUCUUGUUUCAGCAACAAAGAACCUUCAUUCAGAUGAGGACUGUUCUCAAAGUUGUAGAUAACUCGGGAGCAAAAAAGGUUAUGUGUAUACAAGCUUUGAAGGGGAGGAAAGGUGCAAGACUGGGGGACACUAUUGUUGCAUCUGUAAAGGAAGCCCUGCCAAAUGGAAAAGUGAAGAAAGGAAAGGUUGUGUAUGGUGUGGUUGUACGUGCUGCCAUGCAGAAAGGCCGUGUCGAUGGAAGUGAGGUGAAGUUUGAUGAUAAUGCUGUCGUGCUGGUUGACAAGCAAGGCCAGCCAAUUGGGACCAGAGUAUUUGGGCCGGUUCCACAUGAACUUAGGAAGAAAAGGCAUGUCAAAAUCCUUACCUUAGCUCAGCAUAUUGCAUGAGGCAGGGGGACCGAAUACUAAUGGUUAGAGACAAAGUUAAAUCCUCAAAAAGAGAGAGAAGAAAGAGAGGGGAAUUAAACAUGGCGGUGGUGCUUCAAGAGAUCAACAGAGCUACACUGUCCUUCCUGCUCCUCCCCAGAAUCACCUCAGUACCCCGAUUUUCAUUUUUGUAAGAUGAAUUUGUUUCCAAUUCUAGAGGAUAACAGCUGAAAUGUUGAUGAAAGGGCAGAUUAAACAAGGCGCCUCUUUUUGUUUCACUUGUUGAGAUUAUUGCUUCACAGAAUCAAAUUAAACUGCAUUGGUAUCUGCGGUCGAUAUUUAAUGAA